GCCAUUAAACGACACCGUUUCGAGACACGUACAUCAUCCAAGUGCUUAAGCAGUUAAACUGACACGAUGAGGCGAAUCCGCGGUUGCAGGGCCAAUUCUUCUUGAUCCGCCGGUUUGAAUAUUAAACACCUGGAUUCAAUUUGUUCAGAUCUGAUCCAUCGAUGAGCAAUGAUCUAGGGUUUUGAAAUCUAAACAUCUUCUCUGCAAAUCGAUGGGGAUCGUGAUCGAGAGCUCAGUUUGGGAACCAAAACCUUCACUAUAUAUCUUCAUUUUCUUAGCAAGCUUCCUCUCAAUCUUUCUUCUUCCUAACUUCUCCAACAGAACCCUAACUCCGUUCGACCAUGGAACCUCACCUUCAUUCCUUCGUUUCCAGAGAAAUUUCCUUCUCAUUUUCUCUCUCGCCUCAGGAAUGGAAGGUGUUUCUUCAGUGUUUGGAGAGUUUGAGUUGGCUUACUACGGCGUCAGUAGGGAGCAGAUGGUGGUGUCUCUCUGUGUUGGAUAUUUAGUUGCCUUUUUCUUUAGUGCUUUCUUAGGCAUGCUUUGUGAUUUAAUUGGUCAAAAGAAAGCUUGCUUGUCCUUUUGUGUUCUACACCUCUUGGUUGGCAUAUGGAGGAGGAUUACCCUGCAACCUAGUGUUUGGGUAGCAAAUAUCUGUUUAUCUCUUGCCACUUCAAUAUUUUCAUUCAGUUUCGAAACAUGGAUGGCUGUUGAACAUGAUAAGCUUGGCUACAGACGUGAUAUUUUGAAUGAUACUUUCUGGUUAAUGACAUUCUUUAAGUCUGCAUCUUUUAUUGGAAGCCAAGUGCUUGCAAAUUGGCUGCUUGGUAGUGAUGUGAAGAAAAGUGUGGUUGCUCCUUCCAUAGCAAGUGUGAUCUUGGCAAUGAUAACUAUCAUUUAUAUCACCAAAUGUUGGGCCGAAACUCCACAAAUGGCAGUUUUUAAGGACUACAGAAUGUCCUUCUACACACAUAUUUUUUGUGAUAAAAGGAUAUGGCUAUUGGCAUGUGCACAAGCUUGCAUUCAUUUCUCCAUUGCAGUUUUCUGGAUUCUAUGGGCUCCAACUCUGGUGGCUGAUGGGCGAGAAGUGCAUCUAGGGUUGAUUUUUCCAUGUUUGCUGGGUGCAAGAAUGCUUGGAAGCACAGCGUUACCAUGGCUCACCAGUGUGCCAUCAUCUCUUCGAACUGAGGAUUACCUAGUGUAUGCAUUCAUUAUAAUGGGGCUUGUCUUGUCUGUAGUAGCCUAUGAUUAUCAGGAAAUUGGAGUUCUAGUGACACUAUUUUGCUUAUUCCAUGCCUGUGCUGGCUUGAUUUUACCUUCCCUUGCCAGAUUGAGGACCAUGUAUGUGCCAAAUGAGUUGCGUGGAGGGAUGAUAAGCCUGUCUUUGGCUCCAUCAAAUGCAGCAAUUCUAUUUUUUGUAGUGCAAGGAGGCUACUAUCGGAACAUUGGGAAUGCAACAAUCUUUGCAUUUGCUGCUCUUGGACUAUUCGGCGCAGCUGGCUGCAUGCAUGUGUUAAAGAGGUGGGGAAAGCAACCUUACCAAAACGGGCACAAGUUGUGAUUUCCAAGGGGAUAGGGUCUGUUAUCAGUCACCUAUUGAUGGAAAUGAGAGAUCCAACUAGGAAAAUAGCAUGUUCUAUGCCCUUGGAAUCCAACUGCAGCAUGUAGGAGUUAACACUAUAGAAAAAUGAAGGGCAGGGGGAAGUUUCAACAAACCCACACAAGUUCUUAGAGAACGCCUUGUGCAAGAGGGCAAGAGGAUUUUGAGCGAGGUAAUACGGUAGAAAUGAAGGUAAGCUGCUGUUAAGGUCUAGUAGUAAAUAUUUUAGUGGGCGAUCAACAAGUGGGCAAGCACAUUGAGAAACACGUCAACACAUUGAACCAUGGACCAUAAGAAGCUGUCACCUUGACUUCCAACUUGGCUCCGUUUCCGGCAGUAGAAGUAGAUUGACCUAGAAGUUGCUCAGGUUCUAGUUAGGCAUUCGAUUGAAUCUUUGUAAGUGAAUUGGAAAUAUCUUAGAGGCUGUUAAUUGUUUUUGAAUCAUUUGAUGGAGCUUAAAAUAUAUUUUUAUAUUUGGGAUGUA